UCAGAGCUGAGUGUGUGUGUGUCAGGAAGUAUCGGCCUCUCUCUCUCUCUCUCUCUCUCUCUCUUUAUUCUUCUUUUUACUUUGACUCGGUUUUUUUCCCGCGCUGGAUUUAACACCACAGAAGAAGAGAAGCUCAGAUUAAUAAUCUGAGGAACACCUGCCGACACCUGAGCGCCGAGCUCCGCCGAACAGACUCACCGAAACUCCGCCGGACACCUGCUUCCCCCCCCUCCUCCCUCCACCCUCCACCCGGGGACAUGCGGACUGACAGAGUCCACCUGGACUGAGGCAGGAACCCGGGAUAAAGGACUCUAAUGGAGUCUAAUGGAGUCUAAUGGGAAGUAAAAUCUCGCUGUAGUUUGUUGAGCGCGAGCUGAAGAUGUCUGUGAACGAGCUGUACACAAAGUUCACCCGGGUCUGGAUCCCGGACCCUGAGGAUGUGUGGAGAGCUGCAGAGAUCAGCAGAGACUAUAAGGAGGGAGAGCCGGUUCUCCACCUCAAACUGGAGGAUGAGACGCCUCUGGAGUAUCCUAUUGGUCCGAAGAGUAACCCCCUCCCUUUCCUGCGUAACCCUGACAUCCUGGUGGGGGAGAACGACCUCACUGCUCUCAGUUACCUGCAUGAACCUGCCGUCCUGCACAACCUCAGAGUUCGCUUCCUGGAGUCCAACCACAUCUACACCUACUGCGGCAUCGUCCUGGUCGCCAUCAACCCGUACGAGCAGCUGCAGAUUUAUGGAGAGGAGGUCAUCAACGCCUACAGCGGUCAGAACAUGGGGGACAUGGACCCUCACAUCUUCGCUGUGGCUGAGGAGGCUUAUAAACAGAUGGCCAGAGACGAGAGGAAUCAGUCGAUCAUCGUCAGCGGAGAAUCAGGAGCAGGAAAGACGGUUUCUGCAAAGUACGCCAUGAGGUUCUUCGCCACCGUGGGAGGUUCAGCUAACGACACCAACGUGGAGGAGAAGGUUCUGGCCUCCAGUCCCAUCAUGGAGGCGAUCGGAAACGCAAAAACCACUCGGAACGACAACAGCAGUCGCUUCGGGAAGUACAUCCAGAUCGGUUUCAGCCGACACUACCACAUCAUCGGGGCCAACAUGAGGACCUACCUGCUGGAGAAGUCCAGGGUGGUUUUCCAGGCUGAAGACGAGAGGAAUUAUCACAUCUUCUAUCAACUCUGUGCCUCCGCCUCGCUGCCAGAGUUCAAAGACCUGAGCCUCACCACUGCAGAGGACUUCACCUACACGUCUUUAGGGGAGAACAUCUUCAUUGAGGGCGUGAACGACGCUGAGGACUUUGAGAAGACCAGAGAGGCCUUCACUCUGCUGGGUAUAAAGGAGAGCAGUCAGAUCAACAUCUUCAGAGUCAUCGCCUCCAUCCUUCACCUGGGAAACAUUGAGAUCUGUCCUGAGAGAGACGGAGAGUCCUGUCACGUCUCGAGAGACGACCUCCACCUGAAGCACUUCUGCCGGCUGCUGGGGGUGGAGCUGCAGCAGAUGGAGCACUGGCUCUGUCACAGGAAGCUGGCCACCGCCUCCGAGACCUACGUCAAGACCAUGUCCAGCAAACAGGCGGCCAACGCCCGCGACGCCCUCGCCAAACACAUCUACGCCCGCAUGUUCGACUGGAUCGUGGAGCACAUCAACAUGUCGCUGCAGACGUCCUCCAAACAGCACUCCUUCAUCGGGGUCCUGGACAUCUACGGGUUCGAGACGUUCGAGUUGAACAGUUUUGAGCAGUUCUGCAUCAACUACGCCAACGAGAAGCUUCAGCAGCAGUUUAACUCUCAUGUGUUUAAACUGGAGCAGGAGGAGUACAUGAAGGAGCAGAUCCCCUGGACUCUGAUUGACUUCUACGACAACCAGCCCUGUAUAGACCUGAUCGAGGCUCGGCUCGGGAUCCUGGACCUGCUGGACGAGGAGUGUAAAGUGCCGAAGGGAACAGAUCAGAACUGGGCCCAGAAACUCUACAAGCAGCACGGCAGCAGCGCUCACUUCCAGAAACCUCGUAUGUCCAACACCUCCUUCAUCAUCAUACACUUUGCUGACAAGGUGGAGUAUCAGUGUGAAGGGUUUCUGGAGAAGAACAGAGACACCGUCUACGAGGAGCAGAUCAACAUCCUGAAGGCCAGUCAGUUUCAGCUCGUAGCAGAUCUGUUUCAUGACAAAGACGACCCUCCGCCCUCUAAGAGCUCCAGAGUGAACGUGCGAGCGGCGAAGUCGGUUCCUAAAGUCCCGAACAAAGAUCACAGGAAGACAGUGGGACACCAGUUCCGCAGCUCCCUGCACCUCCUCAUGGAGACUCUGAACGCCACCACCCCCCACUACGUCCGCUGCAUCAAACCCAACGACUACAAAGAGGCCUUCUCGUUCGACUCGAGGCGAGCGGUGCAGCAGCUCAGAGCCUGUGGAGUCCUGGAGACGAUCCGGAUCAGUGCUGCUGGGUACCCGUCCAGGUGGACGUAUCCAGACUUCUUCAACAGGUACCGAGUGUUGAUGAAGAAAUCUGACAUGAUGUCAUCAGACAAGAAGCUGGUCUGUAAAAACCUGCUGGAGACUCUGAUCAAGGAACCCGACAUGUUCCAGUUCGGGAAAACGAAGAUCUUCUUCCGGGCGGGGCAGGUGGCGUACCUGGAGAAGCUCCGGACCGACAAGUUCCGCGCAGCCUGCAUCAAGAUCCAGACGACGGUGAGAGGCUGGCUCCAGAGAGUCCGGUACCGCAAGAUCCGCAAGUCCGCCAUCACCCUGCAGAGAUACGGCCGAGGAUACCUGGCCCGCAGUGUGUUGACCACCUGUCGUUGUUGUCGUCCAGGUACUGCUGAGUACCUGCGUCUGACCCGAGCCGCCCUCAUCUGUCAGAAACAGUACCGCAUGGUGAGAGAUCGACGGGCGUACCUGAGAGUGAGACAGGCUGUGGUCACCAUCCAGGCCUACACCAGAGGGAUGUUCACCCGCAGGAUCUACUGGGAGUUCCUCCUCCACCACAAAGCCAUGAUCAUCCAGAGGAGCGUGCGCGGCUGGCUGCAGAGGAGGAAGUUCAGACGGGCCAGAAACGCCGCCAUCAUCAUCCAGUGUGCGUUCAGACGCCUGCGAGCAAAACGCCAACUCAAACAGCUGAAGAUCGAAGCUCGGUCGGCAGAACACCUGAAGAAGCUCAACACGGGGAUGGAGAACAAGAUCGUCCAGCUGCAGAGGAAGAUGGACGACCAGUCUAAAGAAUACAAAGCUCAGAACGAGCAGCUGCAGAUGGUCAAUGCCAGUCUGGGCUCGGAGGUGACCAAACUGCAGAAGCAGCUGGAGGUGAUCCGGGGUCAGCAGGGUGACGGAGGUCAGCUGACGUCUCUGCAGGACGAGCUGGAGAGGCUGAGGGAGGAGCUGCAGGAGGCGCAGGCCGAGAGGAAGAGGAUGGAGGAGGAGCACAGCACCGAGAAACUCAGCCUCCAACAGAGGGUGGAGGAGCUGGAGAGAGAAAACUCUCUGCUGAAGAGCGAGAAAGAAGAAAUGAACCAGAGGAUCCUUCAACAGUCGAAGAGCUCAGAGGCAGACGGCGGCGGAGCGUCUCAGAGGGAGGAGUCUCUCCAGAGUGAGCUGGACGCUGAGAGGCAGCGAUACCAGAACCUGCUCAAAGAGUUCUCCAGACUGGAGCAGAGAUACGACAACCUGAAGGAGGAGCUGUCUCUGAGCAAGUUCCAGCCCGGCCACAGGAGGAACCCGUCCAAUCAGAGCAGCCUGGAGUCGGACUCCAACUACCCGUCUGUCUCCACCUCAGAGGUCGGAGACACUGAGGACUCCAUCCAGCUGGUGGAGGAGAUGGGGGUGGAGAAGGCAGCGAUGGACAUCAGUCUGUUCAUGAAGCUGCAGAAACGUGUCAGAGAGCUGGAGCAGGAGAGGAAGAGGCUGCAGAUCAGCGUGGACAAGAUGGAGGAGCUCGCCAAGCGCAGGGGCUCAGAGGCCAAGAGUCCCACCUCCGAACAGGACACUGCAGAUCUGGCCUACAACAGCCUCAAGAGACAGGAGCUGGAGUCAGAGAACAAGAAACUGAAGAACGACCUGAACGAGCUGAGGAAGACGGUGGCCGAGCGGGCGUCUCAGAACAGCUCGUCCAACGAGCUGCAGGACGGAUACAACCUGCUGCUGAGUCAGCUCAAAGCCGCCAAUGAGGAGCUGGACGCCCGCAAGGAGGAAGUCCUGAUCCUCAGGACUCAGAUCCUCAGCACGGCCCAGCUGCAGGAGAAGAACCAGCACAUAGAGAGUAAUAAUGUUCCUGAGGUGAACGACAGUAAAGAGCCUGUGGACAAAGACGAGGCUCUGAAGGCCUAUCACGGACUGACUGAGUCCAAGAAGCUGUUGGAGGCCCAGCUGCAGACUCAGUCCAGACAACACAAAGACGAACUAGAGGCUCUUCACACUCAGAUCGAGCUGCUGAAGGACGACAUCGAGAAGAAGCAGGAGAUCCUCAACUACACCAUGUCCCUGUCUCCUGAGGCUCAGGUGGAGUACAGCGUCCAGCAGGAGAUCACCCGGCUCACCAACGACAACCUGGACCUCAAGGAGCUGGUGGAGAAACUGGAGAAGAACGAGAGGAAGCUGAAGAAGCAGCUGAGGAUCUACAUGAAGAAAGUCCAGGAGUUAGAAGCCUCUCAGGCUGCAGCCGUCACCGGCAGGUCCAGACCUGAGCUCAGCCGGCAGGUCACCGUCCAGAGGAAGGAGAAGGACUUUGAGGGGAUGUUGGAGUACUACAAGGAGGACGAGGCCCUGCUCAUCAAGACCCUGAUCACUGACGUGAAGCCCAGCACGGUGUCGGCGACCGUCCCCUGCCUCCCGGCUUACAUCCUCUUCAUGUGCAUCCGCCACGCCGACUAUAUCAACGACGACCAGAAGGUGGAGUCUCUUCUCACCUCCACCAUCAACGCCAUCAAGAAGGUCCUGAAGAAAAACAACGAUGACUUUGAGAUGACGUCGUUCUGGUUGGCCAACACCAGCCGCCUGCUGCACUGUCUGAAGCAGUACAGCGGAGACGAGGUGUUUAUGACUCAGAACACGGCCAAACAGAACGAACACUGUCUGAAGAACUUCGACCUGGCCGAGUACCGACAGGUGCUGAGCGACCUCUCCAUCCAGAUCUACCAGCAGCUCAUUAAGGUGGCGGAGGGCAUCAUCCAGCCCAUGAUAGUGUCGGCCAUGUUGGAGAGCGAGAGCAUCCCCAGCCUGGCGGGCGUGAAGCCGAUGGGCUACAGGAACCGAUCGUCCAGCAUGGACACGGACGCCGGCGGCCCCACCAGCUACACCCUGGAGGCCCUGAUCAGACAGCUGGGCCAGUUCCACGGCACCAUGAGGGACCACGGUCUGGACCCAGAGAUCGUGGGUCAGGUGGUCCGACAGCUGUUCCACUGCAUCAACGCCGUCACCCUCAACAACCUGCUGCUGCGCAAAGACGUCUGCUCCUGGAGCACCGGCAUGCAGCUCAGGUACAACACCAGUCAGAUGGAGGAGUGGCUGAGAGGAAACAACCUGUAUCAGAGUAAAGCUGCAGCCACGCUGGAGCCGAUCAUUCAGGCCGCUCAGCUGCUGCAGGUCAAGAAGAAGACGUCUCAGGACGCAGAGGCCAUCUGCUCGCUCUGCACCGCCCUCACCAUGCAACAGAUUGUGAAGAUCCUGAACCUCUACACGCCUCUGAACGAGUUUGAGGAAAGAGUCACUGUGUCCUUCAUCAGAAACAUCCAGAACCGGCUCCAGGAGAGGAACGAUCCUCCUCAGCUCCUGGUCGACACCAAACACACCUUCCCUGUCCUCUUCCCCUACACCCCCUCCGCCCUGAGCCUGGAGACGCUGCACAUCCCCGCCUCCCUCGGCCUCGACUUCCUCAUCAGAGUCUGACGUCUCCACGAGAUCCACUACAGACCUGCUUUUAAUCGGACCACUGAGUAGACUGACUCUAACAUCAGCCUGAACCUUGGACCAGCUCUAAAACCUUUAGUCAACAUAUUCCUUCACUAACUCAGCAGGUCUCUGAGGUUCAUCCUCCACAUUCCUCAGAGUAACCCAGCAGAGAGGGUCGGGUCCAGCUUCAGUGUCUGUCCUGGAGGAUGAAGGUCAGUGUGAAGAGUCAGAAAGGUCAGGGAGAGAAAUCAGUCUCUGUGACCAACACGUUUCAGGAUCCACAAACAACAACAAACAAGACUCACAAACAAACCUAAUCAGUAACAUGAAUGAUUCCUCUCUUCUGAUGUCGAAUCACCUGACACAUGUUGUGUUCAGGUGCUGCUGGAAAACAUCCGGCGGUCUGACUGUUUAUUCGGUUCAACAGAACAGAAAAGUUUUGACAAAUUGUCCUUCAGUGGCUUUACAGCUCCUGUCCUGACAUCAACAGUUUUACCAUGAAUGUCACAGGUUUGUAGUUUUUAAUUGUGUUUGUGACAGAAACUUAGUGAGCAGCUGCAGGACUCUGUGUUAGCACCAAAAUAUCAAACCACAGAAUUUAAACAUGUUCAUUCAAGCUGCUGCUGCUGAUCUGUGAACAAACCUCUCAAUGUUCUUUUUAUCCGUGGAUCAUGAAACAUGAAUGAGUCAGAGCGUCUGAGACUAAACUGAUUAGAGGAGGUGAAUAAACGAAGGAGGAGCAGGUUUAAUGAGCAGGUGUGUAAAGGUUGGUUAUUGAUUAAAGAUCAGGAAGGAGGAUGUUUCCUACUAAUCUAAUAAACUAAUCAGUGCUUUCUGCCUUCUUCUGUCUGCAGUGAUCAGGUCUGUGUGGAGUUAGAUUUCUACACUGAUAUACACUCAGUCUUUUUUUGUUUUUAUAUUUCUCUGGAGAAUCCUCACUGUGAUAUUUUCUAUUCCCUUGAUUUUUUCUUUGUGUGAUUUAUAAAAUCCUGUUUUGACACUAAUUAAUGACUAAACUCUGUCAGUCACAUCAUUAUAUCGUCACGUUCCUGAUGAGACCUCGUGCAUCGAUGCUACGAUGGUUUGAGUCUGAAAAUCAUUGCACUUGUAGAGAACACAAAUUCUAACUCAUUAUGUUUAGAUACAAAGUUUAUCUGUUUAUUCUCUUUUUAUGAAGUGGAACUGUAAUAAAGAUGAAGUCGAGAGAUAUUUGAAGAGCUUCAUUACAAAAUGUUUUAUCUUUUUGUGAGAAAAUAUUAGAAGUUGAAUAAUCACUACGUUUAUGGUACAAAUAUCUGCUGACAUCUAUUUUUUCACAGGAUCAAACCUCUUCAGUCUCUACAUUUAAAUGAACUUUAACUGUGUAAAA